GCUGAUCCUUGCAGCAUAUUCUGUUAACAACUUUAGCAUCACCACCACCGUCCACCUCCUGUUCCUCCUCCUCCUCAUCUUUCUUCAUUCCUACUCCUCACACAUACAUAUACAUAUAUAUAUAUACAUACUCACACUCAUCAGAUUCAUUACAUUUACAUUGCAUAUAUAUAUAUAUAUCAAAUCAAUAUAUAUAAUUAUUACAUACAAAUCUACCUCCCUUCCCUUUUUAUUAGUAUCAUCAUCAGAUGGCUGCUACUCUAAUCUCUGACACUGCCCCAUGGAAGGACCUCAAAGCACAUGUUGGUGCAAUUGACAAGACUCAUUUGCGCGAUUUGAUGAACGACACUGAACGAUGCAACUCCAUGAUGCUAGAGUUUGAUGAAUUAUUCCUGGACUACUCACGCCAGCGUGCCACUCUUGGUACAAUGUCUAAGCUCUUUACGCUAGCUGAGGCGGCACAUCUCAAAGAAAAGAUUAAUAGCAUGUUCAAUGGGGAGCAUAUAAACAGCACAGAGAACAGGUCUGUGCUUCAUGUAGCUCUUCGUGCUGCAAAGGAUACAACAAUGAACAGUGAUGGGAAGAAUGUGGUACCAGAUGUUUGGCAAGUUUUGGAUAAAAUAAAAGAAUUUUCAGAUAAAGUUCGCAGCGGUUCAUGGGUUGGAGCCACAGGAAAAGCUUUGACAAAUGUUAUUGCUGUUGGUAUUGGUGGAAGCUUCCUUGGCCCAUUGUUUGUGCACACUGCUCUUCAAACAGAUCCGGAGGCUAGCAAAUCAGCAGGAGGACGCCAGCUUCGAUUCCUAGCCAACGUUGAUCCAGUAGAUGUUGCCAGAAAUAUUUCUGGAUUGGAUCCUGAGACCACUUUAGUUGUUGUAGUUUCGAAGACUUUUACUACAGCCGAGACCAUGCUGAAUGCGAGGACAUUGAGGGAAUGGAUCUCAUCAGCUUUAGGGCCUCAAGCGGUUUCAAAGCAUAUGGUUGCUGUGAGCACAAAUCUUAAGCUUGUGGAGAAGUUCGGGAUUGAUCCUAAUAAUGCUUUUGCAUUCUGGGAUUGGGUUGGAGGCCGAUACAGUGUUUGCAGUGCUGUUGGAGUAUUACCUUUAUCUCUCCAAUACGGUUUCUCGAUCAUUGAGAAGUUCCUGGAAGGCGCCAGAAGCAUUGAUCAGCAUUUCCACUCUGCUUCUUUUGAGAGUAAUAUACCUGUCCUUUUAGGUUUGUUGAGCGUAUGGAAUGUCUCUUUUCUUGGAUAUCCUGCAAGAGCUAUCCUGCCUUAUACUCAAGCUCUUGAGAAGCUUGCUCCACACAUUCAACAGGUUAGCAUGGAGAGUAAUGGGAAAGGUGUGUCCAUAGAUGGUGUGCUCCUUCCUUUUGAAGCCGGUGAAAUCGAUUUCGGGGAACCAGGAACUAAUGGCCAACAUAGUUUUUACCAACUAAUUCAUCAGGGGCGUGUUAUUCCUUGCGAUUUUAUUGGUAUUGUGAAGAGUCAGCAGCCCGUUUACCUUAGAGACGAAGUGGUAAACAACCAUGAUGAGCUAAUGUCCAACUUUUUUGCACAACCUGAUGCUCUCGCUUAUGGAAAGACCCCCGAACAAUUGCAAAGUGAGAAUGUCGCCUCUCAUCUUGUUCCUCACAAGACCUUUACUGGGAAUAGGCCAUCCCUUAGCAUUCUACUUCCUUCGUUGGAUGCUUAUAGAAUCGGACAGUUGCUAGCUAUCUACGAGCACAGAAUUGCUGUGGAAGGUUUUGUUUGGGGCAUCAAUUCCUUUGAUCAAUGGGGAGUUGAGUUGGGAAAGUCACUGGCAUCCCAAGUCAGAAAGCAACUUCAUGCAUCACGUAAGAAAGGAGAAUCAGUGGAAGGCUUCAAUUUUAGUACCACUAAGCUGCUAAAAAGAUAUCUGGAGGCAAGUGCCGAUGUGCCAUCCGAACCCACAACGCUUCUGCCUAAGAUAUAACUACUACUGCUACUUGACAGUGGAGAAUAUGCUAUGCAUCUAGGAGCUGAUAACAUUGCAAUAGAACACUUUAUAAUGUAUAACACUGCUAUUGCUGCCAUCUACCAUUCAAUUUUUUUUACGUUGGCUUUUUUUUUGAAACUCUAUGACUCGCAUUGUACGAGCAUAAUUAUUGUCAUUUUGAAGCAAUCCAAACUACUGGAAUAAUUAUGCACGUCUGUAUUUACUGAAUAAGAUGCUAGUACUGGAACAAAUUCGUAACACUCUCGAUGUGUCGGUAAUUGAAUGGUGGCUGCUACUUAAGCUAGUUUUGUGGAUGUUGACAUUUUGUGGAACAAUCACUUUCUUUAUAAAGGUGAUGUUAAGUUGGAUUUCUGUACUAAA